UGUUAAAACAGGUCGGUGAGCGGAGGAACAAGCUGUCCACCCUGGUGCGUUUCCCCCUCACUGGUUUGGACAUGGCGCCCAACGUGGUGAAGAGGAGUCAGAGUCUGAGGAAUGUGAACUCGGGAGCCUGGCCGCCUUCCUGGAAGCAACACCAACAGCCAGCAGACAUGACCCUCCCCCACGACUACCUGUAUGACCUGUACGCUGUGUGCAACCAUCACGGAGGGAUGCAUGGAGGGCAUUACACUGCUUACUGUCGGAACUCGGUGGACGGAGUGUGGUACAGCUACGACGACAGCAGCGUGGACUUGGUGCCCGAGGAGGAAGUCUGCACCAGAGGAGCCUACAUCCUCUUCUACCAGAGGCGGAACACCAUUCCUCCGUGGUCAGCCAGCUGCUCCGUCAGAGGAUCCACAAGUUCUUCAAUGUCAGACCACUGGCUAAUCCGGCUCACAGGGGACAGCAAAAGAGGCAGUCUGGUCUCUCGUUCCUCGACCACAUGCCCAUCUUCCUUGCCUGACUCGCCUGAGUCUCCGGUCUUCCUUGAUGAUGGUGCAAAAGAGGAAAAAGGGGGUUUUGAGACCCGGCCAUUUGUCAGAGGUCUUCAGGGACGCAGCGUCAGUAUGAGAGCCCCCAGCAAAACCAAGGACACCCUGAGCAAAAUGCUUCCCCUGCGCUGGUCCUUCGGUUCAAAAGACAAACGGAAACCCAACCCAGUGCCUCUAACUGUCCAAGAUCCUGCGCCCGUGGAGCUGGUACAGUACUUGGAAUCUGGCCGACGGCCAAAGUGCACAAAGGAUCCAAUCACCACUUUGAUGGGUGAAUCACGCAGCAUGAAGGAAGCUGCUGAGAGCCGGAGCGCAACCAAUGCACGAUCUCCCAGUAUUGGGGGCAUGAGUUGUGUGGGUAAGGCGGAAGAUGAGCUGGCCCCCGAGUCCCCUCAGGUCCCAGAGGGCCAAAGGAGAUCGUCGGGUAAGACGGGCAGUUUGAGACGCGCCAAAGGUAGCCAAUCGAGAGAUGACGGUGCCGCCAGUAUUAGCAGUAGCUUUAGCAGUAACACCCUCACCAGGAGAAAGGAUGCCUGGAAACAGAGUUCCUCCAAAGCCUCCCAGGACCCCGAGACCAAAAAGAGUUCUAGUGCUGGUGUUAAGCCCAGCUACAGCACCCCAAUCCUAAAUGAUGGGACCCUCAGAAGGCAAAAAGGUGACAAGGCUGACAGGGAACACCACGAUGCAUAUGAAGGGAACUCUAAGACCAAGAAAGGAGAAGGGCCCAAGAGUUUACCCCAUGAGGGACUGCUGUCAUUCCUCAAAGGGAACUUCAUGAAGAAGGAUAGGGACUCGAGGAAGUCCAAGGAGGAAGAUUCACGAGUCGAAGAAGCAGGCCGGAGCAGAACCCUCCCUAGACCGCCUCUCUCCAACGGAGCAGCGGGGCGAGUAACCGGGGUCGACGGAGGCAAGUCCAAUGGAGCCGGCCGUUUGGCCGACGAUCUGGCAAAUGGGAAAUUGCACGCACGGACCUCGGCCGACAUCAAGCGCUCGCAGAGCUCCUCCAACAUCCCCAACAAAGCGGAGCAGAGCGUGCGCAGGACGGCGUCUUUGCACCGCAACGGGAUGUCGACAAACCCGGCGCCGUCGCGCAGCCUCACAAUGGACAAACCGUCUUAUGGUACCCUACAGAGGACUCGAUAUAGCACAACCUCGCUGGGACGCAAAAAGAAAGUCCCUGAGUCAAGCUUCUGACGCAAACUGAUCAAUUAAAUAUAUCCACACACACACACACACACACACACACACACACACACACACACACACACAAAGCCUUUUAUCUGUCGUAAAGUGACUGACGUCCAAUCACAGAGA